UUUUUUUUGUAAUCCUAUCCCAUCAUACUCGUCACUCGCUUCUUUCUUUCCUUUCUUCCUUCUUCUUUCUUUCCUUUCUUCCUUCCUCAUUCUUUUUUCUUGACACUUCCACUGCAUUUUCAUCCGCUUGCUUCUUCCUUUUACAACAAUUGCUAUUCCAUCCUUGGAUCUCAACUUCGACCUCUCGCUCCGGAGAAUUGAGAAAUUGGCAGAUCCCUUUCUUGUGUUCCACAGAUACACUACCACUUGUAUGCACAUACUUCUGCACACUUCCACACAUUCUCUCUCUCUCUUUCGUACUUUCUCCUCUUCAUUCAGUUUCUUUCAUCCUCUCGCUUCAGCUGCUGCUCAUACCAUCCCUCGCGGUUCUGAACCCUUGUUAAUCCCCUAAAACUGCAAAGUGCCUUCUAGAUUCUCAGCGACCCUACAUCUGCUACAUCUUAUCAAUAACAAUAACACUCGAAGACCUUACAACUGACAUACAAAAUGGCUGCCACCGCCGAGUCUGCCAAGAAGAGCAGCGGCUCUUCGCACAAUAGCGUGGUGAUCAAGGUCGGCAUGGUUGGCGACUCACAAAUAGGAAAGACCAGUUUGAUGGUCAAGUAUGUUGAGGGAUCGUUUGACGAGGACUAUGUUCAGACGCUUGGAGUCAACUUUAUGGAGAAGACAAUCUCAAUUCGAAACACGGAAAUCACUUUCAGUAUAUGGGAUCUCGGAGGACAACGCGAGUUCGUCAACAUGCUGCCCCUGGUUUGCAAUGACGCAGUCGCAAUCCUGUUCAUGUUCGACCUCUCGCGAAAAUCCACGCUAAACAGUAUCAAGGAGUGGUAUCGACAGGCACGGGGAUUCAACAAGACCGCGAUCCCGUUCCUUGUCGGUACAAAGUACGACUACUUUUCAACGUUUUCAAAGGAGGAGCAGGAGGAAGUCACCAAGCAGGCACGGAAAUUUGCUCGAGCAAUGAAGGCCCCACUGAUUUUUUGCUCGACCUCGCAUUCGAUCAAUGUCCAGAAAAUCUUCAAGAUUGUGCUCUCCAAGGCCUUUGACCUGAAGUGCACCAUCCCGGAGAUCUCUGAACCAGGCGCCCCGAUUUUGGAGUAUGCUUCGUACUGAGUGCACUCUCAUACUCAGUACGAGGACGAAGGAGAUAUAGGUCCAACGUCAUUCAAGCCAAGUACCGGGCACUCAUUUUUUUAUCUCUUUUUUUUUGUUUGCUAUUCCGUUUUUAAUGCCCUUGUAUGAUGAUGAAUAUGGACGGUAGCUUUUUUUUUUUUUGUAUUCGUUUCAUUCACCAUGAGAGCCUACCACCCGCCACUGUUAUGUUAGAUCAGCAAUUUCUAUCCUGCUCUCCACACUUUCGCCACACAAACAUAUUAUCCUUCGAAUAGUUAUUUUAUCCACACCAUCGGUUACCCCUUCCCAUGCACCUGCACUCAUUAUUCCCUCCAUAUUCCCCACCUGCACCCGCGACGCGUUGUUUGCUAACGUCCCUUGUGUUAGUCUGUACAUAAAUUUUCUUAAACAAUAACAAG